GGCAUACAUCCAAAAAUGACCGGUGCUGGAGGUGGUGGAUCAGUAUUUGCCUUCUUGAAGCCAGAUACUCCGCAAACACUACUAGAUAUGAUCACCGGAGAGUUAGUAAAGCUUGGAUACGAGGUGUGGCAACCGCCUCUUGGUGGUCCAGGAGUCGUGGAACACCAACGAAGGCCAGAUCUAUUCUCAACGCCAACCCCGUCGACGACCUGCUCGACGCCGGCCUCCAAGCACAAGUAG